GAACUCAGCCAUGCAGAAUCGCCGAUCGCUGCAAAUCAAAUUCAUCAAUAUUGCUCUGACUAGCAUAGAGUAUCCGCCAUGCCAUUCAGCUAUGUGAUAGAGCACAUGGAAGAGGAUGACGAGUCCUCCAAAACGAUCCCCAAGUGGGUCGAACUUGAAUACAAGCACAUGCAAGACCUAGCAGGGGCAGAAUCCGAAAUCCACUUCACUCACCUCUCGCAAAAGUCAUGUUUCACACUCCAAAACCUUUUCUCAUCCCGCCUCGACUCAAAUGGGAGUUCGAGUUUAAAAAAUGCGCAACCUAAAGCACAAGCAUUCGCACACUCAGAAGGUGUCCUCGAGCUGAUGAAAUCACACAAUGUGCCCCUAGAUAAAGUAUGUCUUCUAGACCCGAAAGCGCCAAAAGAGCUUUCACCAGAAGACGGGGAUGGGAGGUUCGAGUGGUUCUUGUUCGGCGGUAUUCUUGGUGACGAUCCUCCGCGUGAUAGAACAGGAGAGCUCCGCGUCCUUGGUUUCCCGACUAGACAUUUGGGGUCAGUUCAGAUGACUACGGAUACUGCUCUGGGAGUCACCAAGAUCGUGGUCGAAGACAAGAUCACGCUGAACGAUAUCAAGUUCAUCGAUUAUCCAACGAUCACGUUCAACGCAAAAGAAAGUGUAGAAAUGCCAUUCCGGUAUAUCGCCAAAGGGACCGAGCCAAUCCUACCACCAGGAAUGCGAGAACAUCUACACGAAGACCUCAACCAGAGCUUCGACUUCUAGACAAGCUAGAUUCAAAAUCGGAACGUGCAAUGUGGUUCGUAGUUGUCACAGUAAUGUACAGUAUAAUACGCAAGAAAAUGUGCCAAUACAU